GCGCAUUGUCAUAUCAGGCUCGCGAUGUUUAUAGAUGAUCUGCUGCUCCAGUGCCACGGCCGCAGUUGCAGCCUCAUCGCCAGCCAGCUCAAUAUUGCUGCCAGGUCCAUGGCAGACUGCAUCAUCAAUGAGUUUAAGUGCCAGAUCGCCAGCAAGAAAAGUCAG